AUGAGCGUCCUUCUGGCAAGAACCCAGAACGGAAUUAGCGCGUUUUACGCGCCAAUGAGGCGGCAUGAUCCGUCAGCGAAGACCAUGAUUGGAAAGUCCAAAGGAACUGGUGGAAUGGAGUUGAACGGGGUUCGGAUCCAACGACUGAAGAACAAAUUUGGUACACAGUCUCUGCCCACCGCUGAGCUAGAGCUGGAGGGCAUGAGGGGCUGGUUGCUUGGUAAGGAGGGCCGCGGUAUCAACGAGAUCAGCACGAUUCUCACGCUCACACGGAUACACUCCGCCGUGGGUGCUGUGAGUUACGUCGGUCGCGGGUUAGCCAUCGCGAGAGCGUAUGCCAAGGUCAGGCAAGUCGGCGCCGGACGAGGCAAGAGGAUGCUGCUCGCCGAAAGCCCCUUGCACAUGCAGACACUGGCAGACAUGACCGCAGAGUACCACGGCCUCAUGUUGCUCACGUUCUUCACAUCCUAUCUCCUGGGCUUAGACGAGCACCCUCAGACGAACAAGUCAGGGCUGCCCUCGGCGCUUGCCUCUAUAACCCCAGACCAAAAGCACAUCGCACCCCUGCUGCGAGUUCUUACGCCGCUCUGCAAGGCGUACGUGUGCAAGAAGUCAAUCCCGCUGCUGUACAGCUGUAUGGAAGCUCUGGGUGGUGUCGGCUACCUAGUGAAUGAGGAAACAGAGUACCUCAACAUCUCACGCAUCUACCGCGACUGCUGCGUCCUCUCAAUUUGGGAAGGAACGACCGAUGUACUCGCAACAGAUUUCUUGCGGGCGCUGAAACAUCCAAAAGGUGGCCAGGAAUCCAUCGAUGCCCUGGACACCCUCCUCGGCAACACGAACAACUGGCCCCAGGUUGCCGAGGCGAGUUCCUCCGCAUGGACGCCGUCCGACUCAUGGCAAUCGGUCAAGACGGGAGUAACAAGGGGUUCGCAAGAGGACCUCGUCGGAGAUGCUCGUUCUAUUCUGUGGACUGUGGCUGAGGCUCUUACGGGGGUGCUGCUGUACGCGGACGCGAGCAGGGAUGGCAGCGAGCCGGCAUUCGAUAUACUCUCUCGCUACAGGAUCCGCACCAGAGGCGAGACCUCUGUCGGCAGAGCGGCUAAGGCUUCGGACGAGCCGCAGGGCAGCAAGGAGAGACUCGCGAGGAACCAUGCCAUCGUGUACGGACGGGCUGGAGGGCCAGAAGUGUCGCCGGCGCUGUCAAAAUUGUGA